AUGACGCCGGCCGACAUCAGGCUGCUCUUCAGCACAGCUGGAGAGACCGUUCUAGAUCAAGGAAGCGGCAGAUAUGUCCUCACAGAGACCGAGAAAACUCGGCGCAUUAGUAGCCUUCAACAGGCCCUCGCUUCUGUCCAGCAUCUCUGGCUGUCUGGGUCAACAGACCUCGACACAGCUGUCGAAAUUCUUGCCGACGGCAGUAGAGACGCGACAUGGCGGAAACCGAUUGGCGAGUCUGGCAUACUCGCCUUCUUCCUGGGCAUCAUUUGUGAAGCUGGCCUGCGCACCUCUCUGAAAAUGCACACACUCCGCCUCAUUGGCAAUUCGUGCGCCGACGAAGACAGCAACCGAGCCCGCGUUGUUGCCGGAAAUCACCUGCAUCAACUCGUCCCGCUCCUAUUUGACGAUACUCUCUUGGCCUUCGCCAUUCCCGUCAUGUUCAACAUCUGUGUCGACUACGAACCUGCUCAAGUCCAAGCCAGUCAGGCCGGCAUCAGUCAUGCCCUGCUGGAUAUCCUGUCCGAACCUGACGCUCCCUUGGUCGACAUUGACACCCCAGUACGCCUUCUGCAGCUGGAAGCUAGCCCAGACGUCAUUUUGGAUGCCGAGGAAUUUCAAACCCUAAUUUCCAUCGUCCUUGCCUGUCUUUCGCAUGAGACCUUCCAGGCAGAGCUCAACCGACGGGGGGGUGUUGAGUUACUGCUGAAAGCCUUUUCCGACUCAUACAUCAAGUUUAGCGAAGCAGAUCUCAACGCUGAAGAUGCGGAAGAUUUUGUCUUAGUUCGAAACCAGUUCACGGCCAUCAUUGCUGACGUUAUGGCCGACUCGUCCUUUUUCACCGUCUAUUCCGUGGCCUCGCCCGUUAUACAGACCCUGGAGCAUUGGCUGCGCGAUGAUUCUACCAACACGGCCUUGAGGACUGCUGCGUGCUACGCGCUCGGCAACUUGGCCCGUUCCGAUGAUACCAGUACCUAUUUCGUCCACACAGACGAGGUACACACCAGCCUAAUCUCGCUCCUCACCACGCAGUCCACAUCAAGCAAUCAGCCCCCCCCAACCCAGCUCUACUAUGCCGCUCUCUCGUGUCUCAAAAACCUCGCCAUUCCGCUUUCAAACAAGCCGAAAUUGGGCAUCAUGCUCGAGCCAACCGUGAGCCUCCUUCCUCGCUUCUGGGCGAACUCCACGCAGCCACACCUUCAGUUUGCCGCCAUUUCUUUGACCCGGCUACUCCUCGCAUCAUGUCCCGACAACGUCAGACGCAUAUGUAUCCCGUUAUCGACGGACCCGUCUUCACCAGCUCAUGAGCGAAGCAAUCUCCACGUACUAGCCGACAUCUUCAAUCGCAUCGAUGCUGAGAACGCAAAAACAGAAGCUGCGCGGGUCAUAGCCACUGUUUGUCGUGUAUUACACGCCACUCCGGGACAGCCUCCAGUUCUGUCUGACGAUUGGGAACCCAGCAUUGAAGCAGGUACCACCGUUGCUGCCUCUUUUUCUAUGCCAUCUCUGACUACAGCGGGCGCUGCUACUCUGAUAGAGCCGGAUUUGUCCUUGGUACCUGCAACAGCUACGCCAUCACAUCUCGAACAGUCUCGGCGAGCACGUUUCUACGCUGCCCAGCUGGACAUGGCCGAUGCCCUGUCCUACUUGAUGACCCAGAGUCGGUAUCCUGUCUUGCGGUCGGAGACCAUCUUCAUCUGCGCACUCAUGAGCUGCUCUACAGACGGAGCCCGUCUCGUCAUGCGCGCCCUCCAGCCGUUCGAUGUAUGCAGGGUCCUUGUAGAAGCUGUGUCUGGCAAAGACAUGGUGGACGGUCAUGAACUUCAGAUGGGCCAGAAGCCUGCAGGGCAAGCUUCUGAUAGCGGCGCCACCGUACCGUCAGAAACGUUGCUAUUGCAAGAACUGUUGUCUUCUACCGAAGGCACCAAUGAUGCAUCCCUCAUUCCGCUCCCAACUGCAGCAGAACAUGGCUCUGAAAGCGGUGGGCCCACGCCUCAGCCGGUCAACCCGGCACAAGCAGCACAAGCAUCCCGCCUAGACCUCGAGAAUGGCAUCGUCUUGCUGUCCGAGAUCAUGAAGAACUUCUCCCAGUUUCUGCCUCCUCCCCGUCGCAGCAUGUUUGAGCAAACGUUGCAAAUUGGGGCCACACGUCUUUCCCAGGCCAAGGAGGAGCAGGCAAAGAUCCAUUAG